UUUACAUGCAAACUUUUGGCUAAAGUGAUAUCAAAUUGCAAAUGCCUCAUCUUGAACUAAAUGAUAUCAACUUUGCAAUGCGAUAAAAUAAACAUUUUUCGUACCUAUCAAUUUUCAAAGUGAACAAAAGUUGUGGUGUUGAAUGAACUACUGUUCUUACAGCUUCGGUCUGAAACGGCUGUUGUUGAUUUUGUUUCUUAAUAAUGUGGAGCAGUAAUUAUCAACAUACGAUAAUGAUUGGUGCAGUGUCGAAGUUAGAUAUUAAAUUUCUUUUGCAAAAGAGCUAGAUUUAAUUAAAAAUUCAUAACCAUUUUGCAUUUUUCUAUUUUCGAAAUUCAAAAUAUGGAUACAGUAAGAUCUGCUGUUCAAAGAAUGUCUGAAGUUGUGUUUCCAGGCAUUAAGAUUUCCUAUAAGCAUCAGAUGACUCGAAAAUCAGAGGAAAUAAUGUCAAGUUUACCACUACAAAUGUGCCUGUAUUUUAAUGCUAAUUAUUCUCCAUUGUGGAUUAUUAGUCGAAUUGGAUGCCUUACGUAUAAGUUUUCAGAGCUGUCCCAAUUGUAUAGAAUUUUAUUGACCGGUGUUGUGAUUGUAAUGGCUGUGGUUGAAGUGGCUCGAUUAUACCUUGGUUAUAAAGGAAAUCUCACGGAAAAGGUACCAGAACUGGCUGGAUUUUGGAUGCUUACUUUAUUCUUACAAUUCCCUUUACAUUGUUUGUGUACUUUUAACAGAGAUUACACUGUUCUACCAUGGGAAAGAGUAACAGACGUCAUACUGAUGAUAUUUAUUAUCUUGGAAAUUGUGACUGGUUACCUUGCUGUUAAAAACAUUACAAAUCAUCAAGCGUUAAAAUUUAAACUUCAGAUGAUGAAAUAUAAUAUUGCAAGUCAAAGUGCAGAAACAAUUCUUGAAUAAAAUAAAUUGAUUUUAUAUUGAUUAUGACUGAAUUUACUUUUAAAAGUGGCUUUUUUCUUUUCUUGAUUUAAAAAGGAGAUAUAUAUCUUUGUAGUAUAUGCAAUAAAACUUGAAAUUUUAUUAAAAUAUUUCAUUUUUAUACACAUGAAUUUUUUUUUUAACUUUAUACUUUAAUCUAGUUUC